AUGGGAACAUUGGAUCUGUCCAUGGAGACCUCCCCAUAUGAGAAGAAAGUCCAGCGGGCGAACGGUUUUGUCCUGGUCUACAGCAUCUGUGAAAGGGCCAGCUUCAACUCUGUCACCAAGCUGAUCCAGUCCAUGAAGGACUUCCAGGGCAUGGUCAAGGUGCCCAUGGUGAUCGUAGACAACAAGAGGGACCUGAAUCACAGACGGACAGUCCUCAGUGAGGAGAGCAGAAUCCUAACCCUGACAAUAGACUGCCAGUUCUAUGAGGUUUCAGCUGCUGAGAACUACCACAGUGUCUUCAUGGUGUUUCACAAACUAAUAGACAGGAUAUGGGAGUCCAAGUCUGCCAUCAAGAAGCAAGCUGGAAUUAAGGGCGUUGUGAAAAGCAUGUCUGCAGUUUUUGCCAGGAGACGGAUGGAUUCGCUGUGAGACUAUGGCACAGGGAGGAAGACAUUGUAUACUGUAAUCAAUGUAUGCAUAGGUCUGACAUGAGUUGUUGUAUGAUGUCUGUGCUCUGGCAUCAGGACAGGACUUGGUAUGUGACAAAGGGAUCCAGAGACUGCCUUAUGGCUAAGACACGACAAUGAAGGGCAGAAACAGGGGAAGAUGGCAUUGUAGGUGUGGAAAUAAAUGUCAGUGAUCGAAAAAGUGCCCAAUUGUCAUACUUGAGUAAAAGUGAAGAUACCUCAAUAGAAAAUGACUGAAGUAAAAGUGAAAGUAACCCAGUAAAAUACUACUUGAAUAAAAGUCUAAAACUAUUUAGUUUUAAAUAUACUUAAGUAUCAAAAGUAAAUGUACAUUCCUUAUAUAUUAAUUUACAUUCCUUAUAUUUAGCAAACCAGCCGGCACAAUUUUUAUAUAUUUUUCUUAUGGAUAGCCAGGGGCACACUCCAACACUCAGACAUCAUUUACAAACGAAGCAUUUGUGUUUAGGGAGU